AUUUCCUGAACUUGGGGUUCGGUCUGUGCAGAACCUGUGACACACAACAUCUUUUUUGCUCUCAGAAACGGACGGAUCACUUGUGCAAUCACUGCUGCAAACAAGGGAAUGAUGAAGUGGAGUAUUGUUUUGGGAGUUUUCAUGCUAUGUUUUCUUGCUAAUAAUCUCAGUGGUGCCAGAUUCAUUCGUGAAGGGGUGCCCUAUGAACAGCCCCCGGCUGUGCCCUACUGGUCUUAUUCCACUUCAGAUUUCUGGAACUAUGUGGAAUACUUCCGCAGCAUUGGGGCCUACGACCGGAUCAAUGAAAUGGCCAGAACAUUCUUCGCCCAUCAGCAUCUGGGAGACACGCUGGGUUAUGAAGUGGCAGAGCAACAUGAACACUAAGUGGAUGUCAUUAGUUCAUCACUUAUGCAUAAUAUUAGCAUUUAUAAUCCUGUAAUAAUGAGUCUUGUGCCAUAUCGUUAAAUCUAGCCUAUUACUACUAAAAUUGCAUAUAGGAAUAAGAAUUAAUGUUUCAUUGUAAUGUGAUUAACAGCUUCAGAGUGCAUGAUAGUGAUGUAUUAUACGAUUAUUGCAGUUGCAAAUAUAGAAAAUGUAAGAAAUAAAACAAU